GCAACAACAAGAGCAACAUAUUUGCUCUGAACCGGAGCGAUGCUCUUAGCGGCGGCCACUGUCAGACACACUGCAGCAGUGGGCAAAGAAGACGACGAAGGGCGCCAGUUGCCUCUUGGCAUGCACGCAAUGCGGCGCCCGCUGUCACGGGUGCCGGACCCCAGCGACGGGCCAUGACGCGCACUGCAGUGUCCUCCGCCCAGCGCUGAGCGGACGCAGCUGACGGGAGCAGGCACCGACGAUGGCGUCGCCUCCGCCGGCCGCCGGCACCUCGGCGGCCCCCGAUGUGACGCCGCUCACUCGGCGUCCCGUCGUGGCCGAGGAGAGCGGCUACCACUACAGAUGGGACAUCGCCAUGGGCGACACUCCAUCUGACCUCGACUGGGGCGAAGAGAUCGUCAAGGAGAACAAGAAGCUGUCCUUCGAGAAAGACGUGCGAGUCCAGGAGUUCGACAAGCGCCAGGCCUCGGACGUGGUGGUGCACAUGGCACGGCGCGCCGACACCAAGGAGCAGGCCGUGCUGCCGGAGCGACCGCACGAGGAGACGCUCAAGAGGAAAAAGCGCAAGAAGAAAAAGAAGAAGAAGCGUCGCCGACGGCGGGCGAAAUACCGCUUCGAGCUCGGCAAGCCGAUCAAGCGCGACGAUGACGAUGACGAUGACGCGGGAGAGAGCAGCAGCAAGAAAAAGAAGAAGAAGAAGAAAAAGAAAAAGAAGAAGAAAAGGAAGAAGAGCAAGAAGAGCAAGAGCAAGAAAGGCAAGAAGAAAAAGAAAAAGAAGAGUAAGAAAAAGAAGAAAAAGAAGGGAAGUAAGGGCAAGAAGAAGAAGAGCAAGGGAAAGAAGAAAAGCAAGGAAGCUACGCCUCCGGCAAGCCCUCCUCCACCGGCACCACCACCGCCGCCAGCGCCCUCUUCGCCACCUGCAGCGCCACCACCGCCACCGGCAGAGAGCAUACCACCACUGCCGCCGAUGGGAUACCCUGACGGCAUGAUCGUGGUCACGCACGAGCGCUCCUCCUCGUCAUCCCUCGACGGACCCAUCACGGAGCGGAUCCGCAUGGUCGGCUCUCCGGAGACGUUCAACAGGUUGUCUUCGCUGGAGCCGCCGAACUUGCAACAGGUCAUGACUGUCGGAGAAGGAGCGCAGCCACCGGGACCUUUCGGCCCAGGUUCCUCAGGGGGCACGCCGACGGAGCAGUUCAACGUGCAGGCUAUUCCGUCAGCGACGGGCGUUGUCGAGACGAUGGAGCCAGGGAUGACCGAACAAGUAAUCCAGGCUCCUGGUGGACCACAAAUCAAAAUACGCACGAAAACCGAGAUAGAGAUGAUCCAACCCGAAGAAGAACCACCGCCCCCACCUCGUCAUGGCAUCGAGGCCAUCACGAGACAGCAAAUCGAGGAGAUCCCAUCGCCAGACGGUGGAGAACCGCGUUACUCGACCUCGCAAGAAAAUAUCAUCCGUCGCAUUGAGCUUCCAGGUGUCCGCCCAGGCCGGCGCCGCUCCCGCCGGUUCUACGGUGCAAACACGCGCGGCAUUGACAUCAGCCCCGAAGCACGCGUAAUACGCACCACGUCCCGCAAGGUGACCGGUGCGGAUGGUACGCCACGUAUCGACACAAAAGUGGCGAUCAGUCCACCGCGGGAUGGUUACGGGGCAGUUGCCAUGCAAAGGGCGCCCGAGCUGGAAGCUGCGGGAAGCAGCUCUGGCUCGGACGUGCAGAGAGAGGCUGAAAUUCUGAACCAGCUCAGCAUGAUGGUGAAUAGUCGGACGGACCGUGAGCUGAAGCGGCUCAAGCGUCGACGGCGCCACCGGGCUCGCCGCGGAAGGCGGCGCCGCCGGCGGGCCGCCAGGCAGAGCCGGCGUGCCCUCAAGGACUGGGAGAGCACCGGGGACAUACCGUUCGAGCGUCUGCAGGAGCAGGUGUCGCCGGCCGCGCUCACCAUGGUGCACAGCCAGCUAUUCAAUCCUGCCAUGCAGCCCCGCAAUGCGGGUCCGGCUGCGAGCGUAGCGAACGCGCUGGAGCAGUGCUGCAAAAUGCUCGAGAACGUGGCGGACGAGUUCCGAAUGAUGCCACAGCCGGCGCUGGCAACCUCGCGCAGCGCCUCGCCUCGAGCUUCGAGGAGACGGUCCCGUCGGAAGGGGCACGGACAACGGCAGGGUUCGUGCGUCAGCACUAUAUGCUCGUGGCUCGGCUUGAACGAGGGUGACGCUGAGCCGAAGAAGAAGCGCAGCGGGCGACGCAAGCGGCGGCGGCGGCGGCGAGCGAGUUCCUCGACGACCGGACGGCGUAGUUCCUCGACUCGGGGACGAUCGUCCACGACGCGACGCUCCUCAUCGGGCUCCACAUCCGGCAGCUCUUCCUGGACCUCGGGGUCGUGGGGAAGCACGACGCGUGGCAGCGCAUCGACGAGGAGACGAAGGAGCCGCUCGUCCGGCACGAGUCGGGGCUCGAAGGAGUUCGAGUUCAUCACGCACAUCACGACGGUGGACCCGAGGAAGCUGCGCGCAGGCAAAGUGUACAGGAUGAAAGGCGCCGACGACGGAUCGUCCAGCGACACGGUUACUGCGAGGAAUUCGGUAUCUUGCUACCAGGUCACAGCUCAACAGCACCGUGUGGGCGACUGGGAUGAUGCGGAUAGUCGCGAGGCUGCCCAGCGGCUUCGUGAAAUGCUUGUCGAAAGAGGUGACGAAGGAGACUACGACGACGGCUUCAAGAGGCGGCACCGCCGGCGGAAGCACGGCCGACAUAAGCGUCGCCACCGCAGGGACCGCAGCUGGCACUCGGACGGCACGUACCGCUGCUACUACCCCACCCACUACGUGCGAUCGAGCCAGUCGUAUGAUCGAGUGCCGUACCGAUUCUCGCGGUACACGGCCGGUUACGACGAUUACUCGCAGCACCCGCUCUCGGAGAGGGUGCCUUCACAAGCCCGCCUUGCUUUUGGGGACGCAGGACUGUACCAACAGGCGGCCGCUCCUGUGGUGGUACCGGACGUUCAGCCCCUACUGGCCGAGGAUAUGCUGGUAGCUACCCACAACUUGUCAGCCCCGGCUAUCAUAAGUACUUGCGCGACACCUGUCGUUUCCGCCUCAACCGAACUAAUGACGCCCGUCCAGCGAGUGUUGAGCGCCACUCAGAUCGUUGAUACGACGCCGCAGUAUCAGGCGGGUGUCGUCACGCCGUCCUCGGCUGUGAUCUCGCAACAGAGCCUGAUCUCACGGGCUACGGACCAAACUUACAUUUCUCACGUGCCUUCUUAUCAGACGUACGAGACUGGCGCGUACAUAGCUCCUCCGAUUAUACCGCCGCCGUCAGUGUCCCCGUUGCCACAAGUUGCUUCAGUGAGGCAGACCCAGGUAGUUAUACAGCAAGGGACGGACUGCGACAUACCACGAGUAGCGCCUGUUUAUGAGCAAGAAAUGUUCCUGGAAGAACCAGCACUGAUAUCGUACCAAACGCCGGUCAGCUGCGCUCCACAGGAGUGGGCGUACGAAGGCGACACCGUGUUCGGCGCCGUGGUGGCGACGACGGUCGAGGAGUACUCGUCGCAACUGCAGGACUACGCGCCCGUGUUUGUGGAGCAGCCGCAACCACAGUUUGUCUCCGGGGUGAGCACGUACCAGUCCUCGACACCAGUGCUCGUGUCCCCGCCGCAGUACAUUGUCUACAACAACCCGUGCAAUUACUAUGCGACCAUGGGCAGUACCGCCUACCAACCCACGGUCGCCUCCCCCAUGGUGGCGAACACGUCACCGCUGCUGAACCCGUUGUCGACAUACACGGCGUCGGCACCGGUGCUUCGCCACAUGUCGCGAACUUACACCGAGGAAGAGUAUCUCACGGACAGCUCCACCACCGACAGCUACAGCGACCUCGGGGCUCAAAUGGCGCGCAGGGGUUUCGGUGCCAUGGGAAGGCUCGCGGCGCCGGCCUCCUACCUGGCGUCUACCACCGGCACGCUCGUGCCGUCGACGUUCAAUAGCAGCCGCCAGGUGCCGAUUGUACCGACCAGAAAGCCCGCCUACCUUGACCAGAGGGCUCUCAUGCCGCGGGACCCACAGGCGAAAUCCAGCAAACUGGCUCUCGGGCAGACGUGCCGAACGUACGAUCGCUGGAUGGCUGACCAGGCCCGGUGCGAGGUAAUGCGUGAGAACCGCAAGACAGGCUACCAGGUGCACAUAAUUGUCGCUUUCCUCAUGCUGCUGGCCACCAUCAUCGGCGCGUUGGCCAUUCUGAGCGUGUAUGGACGUCGCCGCUACAUGUCAAUGUUCCUUGACUCGGACGAGUUCAACAGCACCAUGAACAGCCCCUGGUACCGGUACUUCUUGCGCAGCUUCAACAUCAAGAGUAAUGGAAGUGGUGCCAUGCAGGAGGCGUUCGGUUUGUGCAGAACUCCCGAGUGUGGCAAAGAAGGCGCCUACAUUGCGGGUGCCCUGAACUGGUCCGUGAAUCCGUGCAGCGACUUCUACAGUUUUGCGUGCUCCAUUCCCGCGUCCAGCCCCGACUACCAUGCCGCGGACACAGUGAUUGUCGACGACAUCAAGAACGCUGUUCUCAAGAUCCUCCGCGAGGAACGCCGUUUUGUCAACAGCCCUGUCUCUACCGCACGGCGUCUUUGGAUUGAAUGUAUGAACGUGAGUGCGCUGCGUUCUUUGAAAAUUGGUCCUCUGCAGUCUGCCUUAAAAGUAACUGGUCUGCAUGGUUGGCCGUAUGAAGCAGACGAAGACAACACUAUUUCGACUGUUUGGAACACAUCGGCAAAGAUCCUCAGGUACUUCGGCAUACCAACGUUGCUAAAUGUUCGCCUUACAAAAGUAUCUAGAACAUCAGACGCGGUGGUAGUGUUGGACAAGUCGAGCGCUUUUGGAUCUCUGGAUGAUUUCAGCAAUAACAACUCCGUUAGCGAGCGUUGUCGAAUUCUUCAUAAUUUGAUGCGUCUCGUCAGCCCCAAAGCUCCUCGAGGUCUUGCUGACGAGGCUCUAGAAUUUGUUCACUACGUGCUCCGACUGACGGAAAGUUCAUCAAGUAAAGAUAGCGAAGAGCAAGUCAGAAGCCUCGGGGACUUAAGCCUUUUCCAGCCUUUUGUCUUAAACGCCCUCGGCGAUGCGCUCGACAACAUCACCGGCGAACCUGUCCUUCUACUGCAAUCCUCUGAGUAUAUCAGUGACCUCAUUGAGGCCAUUAGAGUGACUCCCCCACACGUCACACUCAACUACCUCGGGUACACCCUUGUGGACGACAUCAAACCCUUCGUUCUUCCCACAUCGUGGGACGCGCCGAGCCGGGACAAGGUCUGCCUCGAGGCUCUCGAUAAAGCCUUACCUCGCAUGGUUCAUUACAUGGCCUACACAAGGUUCAAGACCACGCUUGAGAAUGUUGCCAUACGCAACAUAAUUGAUGACCUCAAGCACGAACUCAUGACGGCCAUCGCCAAAACGACAUGGCUAGACGUAUCGACCAAGUCGCAGCUCCUAAAACGCCUUACGGAAACCCAGAUCCAUGCCUUCUUCCCGCACUGGAUGAGCAACAGCCAAGUGGCGCGCGAGUUCUUUGCGGAUCUUCCUGAGGUGAUGCCAGGUCGGGCGCUCGCGUCGUACCAGGCAAUCCGGGAGCACACGUUUCGCACGUCCAUGCUAGAUCAUUUCGACAAGAAUGACCUCUGGAAGGGUAGCGUGUUUGACACUGACUGCUCUGUGGACCGCGAAUUGAACAAUGCCUAUUUCCCGAUAACGUUGGUCAAUGUCACCGGCCGAGCAACGCAGUUCUUCCUGCUCUUCCAGAUACCGCGCAUCGGCUCUCGCCUUGUGCGGUGUCUCUUCCUGACACUUCUCGAGGGAAGCGUCUACGGCGGCGGGAGCCUCAGGUAUGAAGGCGGCGGGGCUUCCUGGUGGUCGCAGACAGCGCGCCAGAGCUACCAGGCACGAAAGCAUUGUUUCAGUAGCCAGAGACCUGAAAUAUGCGACACCGUGGAGAACACAGGCGACGCGGUGGCCCGUCGCCGGCACGAGGCAUUGCUGGGAGAAAUCGCCGAGGCUGCGGCUGUAGCUCCGGUUCUCAAGUUGUACAGGAUGUACAUCAUGUCUCGCAGCAGGCACCGGACGGACUACCGCUUCCAGAACGCCGAGGGUGUCUCGACGAACCAACUGUUCUACGUGUACCAUGCACUUAACUUAUGCCAACCGCGAGCACUCCUGGAACGCAGCUCGAGGGAUGCAGCGCCUGUGGCUGGGAUGUGCAACGAGCCGUCAAGGCGAAGAGUUAAUUCCGCGUUGAUGAACGACCCAGAGUUCGAGAAGGUAUUUGGCUGCAGCCCUGGAACAAGCAUGAACCCAGCGACUAAAUGCAGUUUCUACUAGCGGUAGGCACGACCGGUGCUUGAUGGCGUUACUUCUAUUGUUCACUUGUUGGAAACUCUCUCUCUUCACUUAUGCCCCUCACGCAUUUGCCUUUGUAAGCGCAUGUCCAUAACGUGGCUCAAUAAAGGAUCCACGCUUUUUUUUUUUUUUGCUUUUCAGAAGGUUAUGAAUCAA